UGUUUCGUUUAUAGAGGAUGCUGUUCAGAAAUCUUUCCAAUAUUUGAAUAAUACCUUAGGUAGAGCGACGACUAUGUAAGGAUACGAAUCUUGGCGCGAUGAACGUUCUUUUUACUCCCCCAGGUGUAGACCCGUCAACGACCCCGCUGCUCGACAACCCAAAUGGCGACCCUCCGAAUUUCGAGGGAGGAUCGACGCUCCAGUGGAUUAUUCUCGCGACGGGCUUGGUGCUCAUACCGAUUAGCACGGUUUUGAUAGUCAUACGUCUGGUCAUGUCGCUUAGGCAUAGCAGGAAAUUGCAUCUUGACGACUGUUUAUGUGUCGUGGGAGAAGCUUUCGGAAUCGCGUAUUGGGUUGUGUUAUAUAAGUUCCAAGCGAAGACCGGGAUAUUUAAACACACAUGGGAUGUGCCCGUCAGCGCCCUUAACAUGACAGUCUUUGAAGGCCAUUUUGCCGGGGAAGUCCUGAACAUGAUCGCGCACGCUUUUGUGAAGUGUUCUAUUCCGGUAUUUUUCAUCCGGGUCUUUGGCUCCCUUAAAUGGCUUCGCCACACUUGCUACGUGCUUAUAGCAGCCGUCGUUAUGUUCUCCGCUUCCCCUCUCAUUUCGUUAGUAGUGGUCUGCAUGCCAGUUCCCAACGAGCACUGGGACGCCUCGUUCGUUGCUAUGUGCGCCACGUCUUCCGGACCGCAGACGAUAGCUCUGGGUGUGUUUGCGGUAAUAUUUGACAUCAUUGUGGUUAUAAUACCGAUAUUUAUCACGUCGAGACUUGUUAUCGAUCGAGAUAAGAAGAGGAAUCUGAUAAUCGUCUUCCUUAUUGGUUUUCUUGUCGUUGCUACUAGUAUUACCGGGCUGGCGUAUAGAAUCGUUGUGCGAUACGGCAAUGAUCCCCUAUGGAACGGCGGGAACGUCGCCAUCACAUCAUAUACGGAAAACUUUGGUACUGCUAUCGUCGGCUGCGCACCAGGGCUACGUGCAUUCUGGCUUGAUCUGUCUAACAAGACCGGGCGAUGGUCGGAGCUUCCGUCUGGACAACAAGAAUCUAAUAGAACUGAGACCUCAUCUUUACCAAGAGAGUCCGAAUUUCCCCUAGGAGUCCCUCCGAUACAUCCUUCCGGAAGUAGGCACUACUGCAAUCAUGCGGAACCUGUAGGUUCUGCAGCACCUACUCAGGGGGAUCAGGACCAGUUGACCCCCCUAACCCCUAUUCACAGACCCACCACCUACCACGGUUCAGCAUAUCGGAGAUGAUACACGUUUUUUCGAAUUACAUAGUGGGAAAUAUUAAGAAAGUGGUAUGCAUGGAGUUGGAAGAUAAAUAACUUCGCAAACUUUACAGGAUACAAUGGUACUUUGCCGAAAAAUCUUAAAACGGAAUUGGCAGUGAUACUAGAGAGAGAGAGAGUUGAGAUCGGGAAAAGUCCAUCGUCAUAUCCUCUAAAUACCUCAGCUAGCAAGCCGAUCAGAGAGUUAGGGUGAUGCCUUUUUUUUUGGCGUUAUACACUUUGAUGGAAUACGGAAUACGGAAGCCUUUGAAGCAAUACGACCUGGAACACCAACCCCAUGGUUUAUAUCCAGUGGGCCGUUUACGAAGAUCUUGGAAUGGACUUAAAGACGGGAAGGGAUUCGAAAACUGCGAUUCUGAUGUAUGGCUAUAGGUGUUUGGGACAGGAGGGAUUUUGUAUUUGUUCGUCUAUUGCAUUUUUGAGGGCUUGGUAGUUUGAAAGGCGCAUUCCUGGAGGUGGAGGUUAAGCUGAUUUUGUAACAGAUACCUUUGCAAUACACAUUUUGAAGACUUGAU